CAGUUGCAGGUGAGGGUACAGAGUGCAGCGCCGACAGUACUCCUUAGUCAGACCCUUCCAACGUCGGACGAUUUUCUUCUGUCUACCCGGUCUGUGUAUUUUGGGGGUACGGAAGUGGACACUAUUCAGGUCAAAGAACGACAAGCAAGAAUAUCUCAACGAUGGCGAGACGCACGGGUGGCCAACCACAGGAGAUAUUUGGAGACAUAAACGACCAUGAACAAGAAAUGUUGAAGAGACUGGCCGCUGCCGGUGACGCGAGUAAAGUUGACAUAUUGAAGCAGAUUCAAACGUACGCUGCAGAAAACUUGGAGACAUGGAAGAAUCAGACGGUGCGCGUGGGCAUCGUGGGCGACCCCGGAGCGGGGAAGAGCACCUUCAUCAACUCCAUCCGCGGGCUGAAGCCGAAAGCUCCUGGUGCCGCUGAAGUCGGCGUUACGCACACUACAGAGGUAGCCACCGACUACCCCCACCCAGCACGCCCAGAUAACCUUGUCUUCGUCGACUUCCCCGGCGUCCUCCUGGAGAAAGGGAGUGGUGACCAGCGCGACUUCGACAUCCAACAGUACCUGGCCAAGUUCGGGGAGAAGAUGCAGCAAUGCCACGUAUUCCUGGUGUUCAGCAGCGGCCGCAUCCAGCACAACGCCGUGCAGAUCGGGAUGAAGGCCCGGGAGAUGGGGAAGAAGGUUCUGUUCGUCAGGUCACAGUUCGACAAAGACUUGGCGGACAAGCAAAACGACGACGAGGAGUACUUCGAAGACAAGACCGAGGCCGACCUGAUGGAGGAACUCCGCCAAGACUGCGUCAAGGUUCUGAAGAAGGUGGGAUGGGAGGGCGAAGUGGACCCCAAAGAUGUCUUCAUCAUCAGCGGCCGCCUGAGGAACGUACUCGAGGGAUCGUGGGACAUCCCUAGGUUCAGAACGGAGAUAAUCGAAGUUCUGGACACUCUCCAAAAGAUGGUCGUCAUCAACACCUGCCGGGACUUCUCCAAGGCCACCAUCAAGGAGAGGGGAGACGUGUACAGAAGCAAGGUUUGGCUCGUUGCUAUGGUGGCAAGUCAUGAUCAAGGCUCCUUUGUUCCAUUUGUUGGUUCUUCGGCUUUUCCAGGUAGGUGA